GUUCCUUUGCAGAUUCUGCGUGGUAUUUCCACGCAAAAGCGCGCGGGCGGGCUCCGGCAAGUGGUCGGCCGCCAUGGAGAUCCGGAGGGGCUUGGCGGCGGUGCUGGCGCUCAUGUCCAUGGGGUUCCUGGUGCGGCCGUUCAUGGAAUUGCCGUCCAGCAACCAGCUGCUGCUGCUGCUGAAUCUGGACAUCAGCCAGCCGCUGAGCUUCCAACCCGCGCCCGCGCCAGCCGCAGCUGCGCCUGCGCCGGUGCCUCCGGGGCCAGUGCCGGUGGAUGCGGAGGAUGUAGAGGUAGCCACCAAGGGGGCGGAAGUGGCCAAGGCAGCAGAAGAGGCCAAGGCAAAGGAGGCAGAAGCAGCCAAGGCAGCCAAGGAGGCGGAAGCAGCCAAGGCAGCCAAGGAGGCGGAAGCAGUCCAGGCCAAGGAGGCGGAAGCAGCCCAGGCAGCCAAGGAGGCGGAAGCAGCCAAGGCAGCCAAUGCAGCCAAGGAGGCGGAAGCGGCAAAGGCGGCCCAGGAGGCGGAAGCGGCAAAGGCGGCCCAGGAGGCGGAAGCGGCAAAGGCGGCCCAAGCUGCAGCUGCCAAGUCCGAGCCGUUGGCCGAGCGACUGCGGCGGCACGCGGGCAUUUACGAGGACAAGACGAAGGCGCCAGAGCUGAAGAACGUGUUGCUGCUCACAGCGGCCAACUCGGGGUACCUGGAGAUGCUGGUGAACUGGGAGUGUUUCGCCAAGCGCUUGGGCCUCGACUGGAUGGUCAUGUCCAUGGACAGCAAGCUGCACCAGCACCUGGGCGAGGACCGCAGCUUUCAGGCCACCGGCCAGGAGUGGGAGGAGGCCGCCGCCUUCAACUCCAAGGUGGGCUUCAAGGUGAUCUCCUGCAACAAGAUCCGCACGGUGCUGGAGAUUUUGAGGUCCACCAACCUGGACCUCGUCUUCUCGGACGGCGACAACGUCUUCAAGAGCGACCCCUUCCUCCCCUCCCUGUCGCUGGGCAGUAUGAUCCGUUCCGGGCAGUACGAGUACAUCUACGGUCGCAAGAUCGAGCCCGGGGGUCAGAGGAUCGAGAACCUGAAGCCGGAGGUCUACCACCAGGAGCCCAUCAAGGCAAACACCGGCUUCUACUACGUGUCGGGUUCUCCCAAGAAGCAGAGCGUCGUCAACAAGGUCUUUGAGGCAGGAGUGAGCUGGUGCAACCGGCGCCCCGACAUGGACGACCAAGAGAACUUCUGGGACGCCUUGGUGCACGUACGGCGCCAAACGGCGAGAGACAAGGACUAUGUGGGCUGCUUCCGGCAUUGCAACAAUAGCGCUUGCGCGGGGGUGGACGAUUCCCUCGUCUUCAACUACUGCGACAUGUCCCCCUGGGAGUACAUCCUGGGCUGCUUCAUGCCGGACAGCGCGCUCAAGGAGCCCAGGAUGGUGUCCUACCAUGCCACCCACGUCAUCGGCUGGCCGGCCAAGAAGGAGAAGCUGAAGAUGGUGAAGCUUUGGGCCUACUGCGAGGAGAGCGAAGUCACGGGGCAUGCGGUGCAGGAGAUGCCUACUGACGUUCCCACCACCACGACCUCCACGACCACCACCACCACCUCCCUCACUAUGCCCAGCUCCUGGGUGGCGCGCGCCAAGGAAAUCCGGAAGCAGGUGGGCUGGAACCGUGGCACCUCCCGAGGGGUUACCCCCAACAUGCCCUCCACGCUGGUAGACAAAGCGGUCUGCGGGGAGAAGAUGUACCAGAGCAGCCCGCUGGAGCAGAAAUUCCUGCAAGACCCCAUCCGGCUCACCGACACCAAGACCGCCUUGUGCGACGCCUUGGGCGAGGAUUCCGUGGCAUGGGUGCAGAUGAACUCCCAGGAUCAGUUGCCGGACCCAGACGCGGAGGGCGCGCUCUUCUCGCGGAUCUGUACACCAGGCCACCAGCCGCAGCUCAUCGAGCCGCUGGCGGGAAUGAUGCGCGACCCCAGGUUCCAGUGCAAGUCUGUGGACAUCUUCUCCAUCGAGUGGCUGGUGCUUGGUGACAACCAGACCUUCGCGACAGCUCCUGGGGCAAAGCGGAUCAUGUUCGAUGCUGGCGGCUCCUUCUUCGAGCACGCGAUGCUGUUUUUCACCUCUGCCUACGAGCAGCGGGGUCUGCCUUUCGACGAGAUCUACGUUUGGGAGACCAACGGGCAGGUGAACCAAGUGAAUUACUGGCAGAACAUCCCUCCAGAUUGGAAGGCGAAAUACCAGCCGAGGACCACCUUCUAUGACCGGACCGGCAUCAGCGCGAAGGUGGGGGAUAAGCACAAUCCCAUGACCCGGAUCUACGAGCAGUGCCGGCCACAGGACUUCUGCGUCUUCAAGCUGGACAUCGACUACUCGGCCGUGGAGGUGCCCAUCGUGAUGCAGAUCUUGGAGAACCCAGGCAACCUCAAGGAGUUCUUCUUCGAGUACCACGUGCGGACGCCCAUCAUGGAGCCCUGGUGGAAGAACGGGUGGAACGGCACCAUGGCGGACAGCUACUCGGUGUUCCAGCGCCUGCGCCAGGCAGGCAUCCGGGCGCAUUCCUGGACCUGAGCGACAUGCAGGCGCUCUCGAUGAUAAUUUACGCUUGAUGAAAAUUUGACUCCCUGGAAACUAGGUUGCUCCAGUGGUGCCC